GGCCGGGGAGAGAGAAGAGAAAGAGUGGGGGGAAGGAGAUGGGUCAGGGACUGAGUUGCAGAGUCGGGGAGGAACAUGGCCGCUUCAGUAGUGCUGUUCAAAUUGGGGACCUAGACGCGGUUGUUGCCCUUUUGGAGAGAGACCCGACUCUUCUGCAUCAGUCGUCUGUCUAUGAUAAGCUUUCUCCCCUUCAUAUCGCUGCUGCUUAUGGUCAGAUCGAGGUUAUGUCCUUCCUUUUAGAUCGAUCUGUUCAACCCGAUAUCUUAAAUCGUCACAAGCAGACUCCACUUAUGAUGGCUGCAAUGCACGGCAAGAGCUCCUGCGUGCGGAAGCUCCUUCAAGCCGGGGCGAAUAUUUUGAUGUUUGAUUCUGCCAACGGAAGGACUUGCUUACACUAUGCUGCUUAUUACGGACAUUCCGAUUGCCUUCAAGCCAUUCUCUCAAGUGCCCAUUCGAGCCCUGUUGCCGAAUCUUGGGGAUUCGCACGCUUUGUGAAUGUUAGAGAUGACGGCGGAGCUACUCCUUUACACUUAGCGGCCCGACAAAGACGGGCUGAUUGUGUUCAUAUCUUGUUAGAUAGUGGUGCUCUUGUAUGUGCCUCUUCGGGCGGAUUUGGCUGCCCAGGGAGCACUCCACUUCAUUUGGCAGCACGAGGAGGUUCAUUGGAUUGUGUACGGGAACUGCUUGCGUGGGGCGCAGAUCGCCUUCAAAGAGACUCAUCUGGGAGAAUACCACACGGGGUUGCUUUGAAAUACAAGCACAGAGCAUGUGCAGCCCUGCUGAACCCAUCCUCAGCAGAGCCUCUUGUGUGGCCAUCGCCUUUGAAAUUCAUUAGUGAACUUAAUCCAGAGGCAAAAGUCUUGCUGGAGAGGGCCCUUAUGGAAGCAAACAAGGAAAGGGAGAAGUGCAUCUUGAAGGGGAUGGCAUGUUCACUUCCGUCGCCUUCACAUUCUGAUGGAGACUCCAGUCUCGAUGACAAUAUCUCUGAGGAGAGCGACAACGAGAUGUGCUGCAUCUGCUUUGACCAGAUCUGCACAAUUGAGGUCAGAGACUGUGGCCACCAGAUGUGUGCUCAAUGCACUCUAGCUUUGUGCUGCCACAACAAGCCAAACCCGAAUACAGCAUGCAUGAGUGCCCCUGUCUGCCCAUUUUGCCGUAGCAGCAUCGUCCAACUGGUGGUUGUCAAGAGCAAGACCAAGGAUGAAAUGGACUGGGACACCAAUUGCUCGAAGAUAAGGAAGUCAAGGAAGUCCCGAAACUUUAGCGAGGGCAGCAGCAGCUUCAAGGGCUUGUCAGCCGUGGGUUCAUUUGGGAAGAUGGGUGCCCGCGGUUCAGGAAGGAUUGCUGCUGACAGCAGUGAUUGGGUUGAUAAACCAUGACCAGGGAAGAUGGUUUAUCUCUCUCUCAAUCUCUCUUGCUAUAUAUAUAGAUGGACUCCAUAGCUAUGUAGAUUUCGGUAUUGAAGGCAUAGGAGGAUGGGAUCAAAAUAAGCAAGAAGCCUUUGCAGGUUUGGGUUGGUUGAUUUUGCAUUUGAGUCUUAAUUGUUGUAGCUUUGUUUAGUUAUUAAGAUUGUUGAAGCAGCAGUGGUGCUUUCGAGAGUCUGUCGACUAAGUAGGAGAAAAUUCUUGUUUUGUAAGGAAAAGAAAAAACACCAUUCUUCAAUUUGGUGCUACAAAGGUAACAAAUUUACCUAUCAACUCCAGUUUAAGCUCUGGAUCUACCAACCUCUUCUUUCCUUUUUCAGUUUUCCAUUAUCAUUUCUCUGAGAAGGGUGUAAUGUUAUAUCCAUUUAUUUUGUUUUUUCUUGUUAUUUAUGUCCCUGUAUAGGGUUUUCAUGAUCUGAAAGUUAUUUAUUCAA